CACAGGGCUAAUUGGAAGACAGCCUACAUGCUGACUUAUAGGACCGACUUUUCCAAGAGGUUGCUCUCUGAAGAACAACGUGUUUAUGGAUUGCUGCGCAGCGAGGAACACCGGGAGUUGUAGGCUACGCUCUUAUGCAUCGAUCAUGAUGAUACCUUGCUGUUGCUGUAAACUUUGAUAGAUGUUUACAGAAAGAACUCAGUAACAUAGAAACACGUUUGAAGUAGGCUAAAUACGAUCAGAUUGCCCCCCUGAGGAAGUCGGAAGCGCCUGUUCGCCCUUCCUCUGUUUUUCUUCCAAGACGUCAGCACGGAUCUCUAUCACUCAGUUUGACUCUCCUGUGAUUUUAACAAAGAACAAAGUGUUUGGGGAUAGCAUGGCAAUGGUAGUAAACCAGUGGUCAGAGAACAUUUCUGCAGAUCCGGGGUCUCAGCUCCAGAUUUGCGGCCAGGAGCCUGGCGGGGCACCGGGAACACCCAACGGUUCCACCCCGGGGAACGACGCACUUUCCGGGGACAAGAUCCCCAACGUGGACUGCAUGGUGUGCGGGGACAAGUCCAGUGGGAAGCAUUAUGGUCAGUUCACCUGCGAGGGAUGCAAAAGCUUCUUUAAGCGCUCUGUGAGGCGGAACCUCUCGUACACCUGCCGGGGGAACCGAGACUGCCCCAUCGACCAGCACCACCGGAACCAGUGUCAGUACUGCCGGCUGAAGAAGUGCCUCAAAGUCGGCAUGAGGAGAGAAGCUGUACAGCGAGGACGUACAUCGAACUCCCAGAGCAGCCCAGGACAGUACCUGACCAACGGUACCGAUCCGUACAACGGCCAGCCCUACCUAUCUGGCUUCAUUUCCCUGUUGCUGCGUGCCGAGCCCUAUCCCACAUCUCGCUAUGGGGCCCAGUGCAUGCAGGGAAACAACCUGAUGGGCAUUGAGAACAUCUGUGAGCUGGCGGCCAGGCUGCUCUUCAGUGCUGUUGAGUGGGCCAAGAACAUCCCUUUCUUCCCUGAUCUGCAGCUCAUGGAUCAGGUGGCACUGUUGCGCAUGUCGUGGAGUGAGCUCUUCGUCCUCAAUGCCGCCCAGUGCUCCAUGCCGCUUCAUGUGGCCCCCCUGUUGGCAGCAGCAGGCCUGCAUGCAUCACCCAUGUCAGCAGAGCGCGUGGUGGCCUUCAUGGACCACAUCCGCGUCUUCCAGGAGCAGGUUGAAAAGCUGAAGGCCCUGCAGGUCGACACAGCUGAAUAUUCCUGCCUCAAGUCCAUUGUGCUCUUCACGUCCGAUGCUAUGGGGCUAUCAGACGUUGCCCACGUGGAGAGCAUCCAGGAGAAGUCCCAAUGCGCCCUGGAGGAGUAUGUAAGGAACCAGUACCCCAGCCAGCCAAACCGCUUUGGACGUCUCCUCCUCCGCCUGCCCUCCUUGCGCAUCGUCUCUUCUCCGGUCAUCGAGCAGCUGUUUUUUGUUCGGCUGGUUGGCAAGACACCUAUCGAAACACUGCUUCGCGACAUGCUGCUCUCGGGUUCCAGCUACAACUGGCCCUACAUGCCCACCGUACAGCGCGAGCGGCCCAUCUCCCUCCACUACAACGAGAAUGGGCCCUGAAGUGGAGAGACAGAUGAAGCUGAACGUCCAUCUGACUACUCAUUCAUCCAUCCUUCCUUCCCUUCAUUCUCUGCAUUUAACUUCUCAGCUAUCCCAGUGGAAGCAUCACCCUCACCAUUCCGCUCCAAAACCCAGACUGACAAUAUCAUCCGAGACCGUCCCAGUUCCACAAGCCAGCCAGUCAUUUACAAUGGCCAUUGCAGAGACUCAAGGUCCAUUGCAGUCCCUCAGCCGAUGGUGCAGUCUACAUUUGAGAUGUGGCAUGAGAUGGUCAAGUUGGUAGAAAAAGUUAUGCGCCGUUAACCAGCAGGUCUGUUGGACUCACUUCAGAUGUCAAUCUAAAACCCCAUGAAAACAGGGGCAGCAAAAGACAAUACAUUUGCUUUAUUGUUGGUGCUAUGCUUAUAUUUGCAGAGACAGUGUACAUCAGAAUCCCAGUAUGGCAAAUACUGAGCAAGGGCUUUGCUAAAGGGACUCUGACUGAGAGCACAAGGCCCAAUGUAUAUACCAAUUUUUGAAAAGAAAGCCAGAAGCCAUUAAAGAAAAGACAAAUGCCAAAAUGUCUUGGACUUUUGCAGAUGAUAUGUUUUAAUAUGUGUGUUUGUAUUGGCACUGUUUAUAUGGAGAGAAAACUCAUGAUUGUGUCCAUAUGUACAGUAUAUUGGUGAUUCAUAGGCAUCUAUAGCAAAUUGGGGUUUAAUGGAAAAAGCUCAGGUUCAAAGGGUGGGUAGACUGACAGACAUGCCAAUAUCAGUGUAAGAGCAAAAAUACAAACCCAGCAAAAUUUACACUUAUCAGCCUGUGCCAAAGCUGAAAAAUGCAUAGUGUUUGAAUAUUUUUGUGGUAGUGUUGGUGAUGAAAUGUUAAUGUUUGGUUCGUCUAUAAUUUGACUAUACUUGUUUUUGGGUCUCAGGGGGGAGAAGGAGUUUGUAAAAAACAAAUAAAAAAGCUUAGGCACUUGCAUUGUACACUAGUCAGAACCUACACUUAUUCACUCCUGUAACAUCACAGCACUGGUAGAUUCUUGCUACCCUUAUGCCAUUUGAUUGAUUUACCUUUUUACUUAUUGAAAAGACCCAUUAAAACUCUAUACAUGUUGUCAUCACAGUUAUCAGAGGAGUGACAGCUCAUCCUCAUUAUUGUUUUAUAGUCUUGAUUGUCAAUAUUGGACCUUUUGGACUGGGGAGGAACAUUUUACAAAACUAGCUGUACUUGCCUUAGAACAAAGAUUUUGUCACUGAGCAUUUAUCUUAUGACUGUGCCAUAAUCUCUCGUUACCUGUUAUAACAGGUAUUAUGUCCUGUCAGGAGAGGAAAUUAACUCACAUGAUGUAAAAAUGAUUAAUGUGCACAUACAGUUAUAGAAAGUGAUGCAAAAUAGCAAGAAAAACUUGUGUGAACAUACAUUUCUGCUUUAACAUCAUAAUCAUUUUCAUUUUUUAGUCCUCAUGCGAGUUCUUUUCUACAUCCUGAUGAUAUUGUCACGUAGGGAAAACCCCCUUGACUCAUGUAAUUUGAGCUUAUCGUACCGAUACCAUAGAGAAAAGUAUCACUAACCUCUGAAAACCUCAGUCUAUGUUACAAUAUUAUCCCAGUUGGACUGUGACUUAGCUUAGGACUAUUUUAAGUAGUAGUUUGUUUUUUUCUUCCCCUUGGUGGGAGCAUGUUUGUUUUGACAACCUGUCUCACAUUUCCAACAUGGCACUGUGGUAUCAACAUCAAGUAUUGGUAUUGAAAAAGCCAUCUGGGACCUUAGAACGCUGUCUGUUGAUAAAUGAAUUCACGGAAAGUUUCUAUGAGUUUGUUUUUAUCUUCUCUACU